CACACAAUAUAGUCAGUCUGAACGAGCUGCAUCCUUUCACUCAACCCAGCAAGCCGAUCGUGAUGGCAUCUCUGACGCUGGCUUUUUGUCUUCCUUUUCUGCUCAUCUGGAAGAUGGUUCCUGGUCAGAAUCUGUCUUCAUCUGAUCGUCAGGAGAGAAGUUUUGUCUCGGUUCAUGCUGGAGAAGAUUUGACCUUGAGUUGCUUCUUUGGCACUGAAAUUCCUGGAAAUGUUUACUGGUACAAGCAAACUCUGGGACAGAGACCCAAGCUGAUCUUCACCUUUCGUACAGGUGGUCAGAACUUGUUUCAUGAUGAGAUCAAGAACUUUCCACGCUUCAAAAUGGAGGAAAGAGAUGGCAAGGCUCUUCUGACAAUCACAGAUUUGCACACUUCAGACUCGGCUAUAUACCACUGUAUAUUCUAUUCCUAUCUAACACCUACUUUUUCAGAGAGCGUCACAGUCAGUGUGAAGGGGUUUGGUUCAAACGCCACUUUGGUCAAUCAGCCAGGAUCUGACAGUAUUCAGCCAGGAGGCUUUGCUACUCUGAGCUGUACAGUACACCCUGGGAGCUGUGAUGGAGAACACAGUGUUUACUGGUACAAAAGGUCGGAGGAAUCUCUUCCAGUUCUCUUUUAUACCCACGGUGGCAUGAAUGACCAGUGUGACUCCCAAAGUAACACCUGUUUCUAUGAACUGCCGAUGGAAAACCUGACUCGGGCUGACGCUGGGAUGUAUUACUGUGCAGUUGCCUCAUGUGGACAGGUCCUGUUUGGAAACGGGACCAAGCUGGACAUCAGAGAUGAUAUUGUUGUUCAUUUCUGGAAGGGCGCCUUUAUAUUCACCACCGCCGUGAGUGCUUUUUUGGCUUUCUCCAUUUGUAUGAUGAUCAGGACAAACAGCUGCCAAUCUGCAGAGUCUGUCCCUGGGUUAUCCAGUCCCCUGAAAGCAGACGUUAAGGGUUACCCAACGGCAGGAAGUCUGUAUGUUGCCGCUUUGAGCGUCAACCUGGCCGACUGUUCAAGAAGGAGGGAUCCCACCUGGAGCGCGUGUGUGUACUACAGCGUAAAGCAGUCACACCACUAAAGUCUUCUGAUUUCUUUCUUACUGUUUUAAACAUCGUUCAGCAGAAAACAAAGCAAAACAGUUCCCGGGAACUUUUUUAUUUUUAGCAUGCAAAGGCAGCAAGACACAUUUUAAUCAAAAUCAUCUCAUGUACAGAAAAUACAAUUACUAGUUGAUUCCAACAGAAAAUAUUUUUGCCAAUAUUGGGUUACAAAUAUAUUUUAAGGUCGUCAGUCCUUUUGAUAUUCCAGUUGGACUUAGUGACAGACACAGAAUUAGGACAAGAAGUUUGUUGGUUUGAGCAUGACCUUUGACCCCACAAUGGGCGCAGUACUUUUGCAGCACAAUGCUUUAUAGCAUAUGUAGUUAAGGCUAGCUGUAAAUAGGAUAGAAUAAAUGCAGGGCAGUAAUUUCACCGAGGUGAUCAAUAAACUGCAUCUUCUGUUUUCUCUUUGUGAUGUUGGGUUGGGUGGGGUUGGAGGUGGCGCUUUGUGGUUCAUUAAUAAAAAAAUGUGAUAAUAGUUUGGCAGAGUUAAGAUGAUCAACAGAUGUUAAAGUGCAUAAUGGCUGUUAAAAAUAUGUGUUGUCUGAAUAUUUCUUUGUGAUUCUCUAUUUUUGUUGAACAAAUAAUUCAACAGUGUGUCCUUAGAGCAGAGGAUCACAUUCUCUGUCAUGAAGCCUGUAGAUUAAAACUGCAAUUUAAAUCGCAAUAAAUCCAUGUACACGACUUUCACCAU